CGCAACGGUAUUUGGACGGAAGACCUGCAAAAUGGCAGUCAGUAUAAAUACACACCGCGUUCGAAGCAAGGUCGCUUCCAUUGCGUUAAAAAAGAUCCCAAAAGUAUAUAAGACACGCAUAAAAAAUGCCCGUUUUGAGAAAAUUUCAAUUAGUUUUCAUCACAUAGUUAUUUCUUCGCUACUUUUUCGAAUUAUUAAACUUCAUUCCACACAUACAUAGAUCUCUAGGACUACUAGACUAGAUCUACUGAUACUGAUACUCACAGUGAACAUCGUACUGUUGAGUGUCGGAAAGUUCCUGGUGGACAAUUUUCUUUACUGGUCUUGCUCUUACUCUAUUAAGUAAUUCUAUUCACUAUUGAUCUCGUAUCUAGUCUAGAUCUACAUCUAAUACAAGCUAAGUCUUGUUAUAGGAAUCUUUAUAGUCUAGAACUAGCGCAUGAUCACGAAAACCUAAAUAAAUCUAGAUAAAUUGAUUUAGAAAGCCCAGGAUUGCCAGGAUCUGAUUUUGAGCCGUCUGAGGAUGAUAGAUGAUCUAAGACUAAGAUAAAGUUCUAGAUUAGUAGUUCCAAGUCAAGUUUAACCUCCCAGCUUAAAUAUACUUAACUAGUGAAGAUUUCUAGAGACUAAUCUGAGUAGUCUAGAUAUUUAGAGAUUCUAGCAGUCUAGAUCUAAUUAGUAGUAUUCCAUUUUUUGUGUGUCCUCUCCUCUGCCUGAGGCUCUGCUCAUGUUUGGAAUCUAGACUUUAGAAUCUUUUCAUCAACAAUUGCUUAACCAUCAAGAUCUUGAAUGUGAGAAUCAUUGUAAAGACAAAGAAGCAUAUCAUUGCCAUAUCUCUAGUGAAGUUUCACCUAGGAUGCCAAAAAUGAUGAAUGUCAUGCCCAUGGGUUCAAUGACUUAAGCCAAAUUUUGUAUCCUAAAAGCAUCAGCAGUUCUAAUAACAGCCCAGUCAUGAGCACCAGACUAGAUAGGUUGUUUUUGUUGUUGGAUACUGGAUCUACACCAUUAAUUAGAAAAUCUGCUGCUGAACAAUUAGGAGAUGUUGUGAGACUUCAUCCACAUGAGCUCAAUACACUUCUGGUCAAAAUUCAUAGCUUCCUGAGAAGUUUAACAUGGGAGACUCGUGUGGCAGCUGCACAAGCUAUUGAUGCGAUAGCAAAGAAUGUCCCACAAUGGGAACCUAGGGGUGCUCCAAAAUCAGAAUGUGACAUGGCUAAUUUUAUUGGAGAAGGCACAGUUUUAUUUUCACAUUUUGAUAUAAAAAGAGUCUUAGAAUGUGGUUCCUCACUGUUAGGCUCUGAAGGAGAUCAGUAUGACAUUGGAACAUCUUUAGUUGAUAUGGAUGAUAGAGACCAACUUUCUCAACAAAGACAGCAAUUAAACAAGCGAUUGGGCUUAGAUAUAACAGGCCAACUUGGUAUAGACUCCAGUAAUCUUUUCAAUGAUGAUGAUCUGCGCAUGAAUGUUGAAGCAACACUUCCUUCUAUGAAUAAUAACUCUCAGCCUGUGGUUGAGUUGCUAAAACAACAGUUAGGGGCCAGAAGUCAGAUGAGUUCAAGGGAAAGAAAUGUUGCGAAAAGAAAAGCAAGAUCAUUAUCUAAACAUAUUUCAAGCAAUAACAAUGCCAAUGAUGAACCUUGUCCAGUGAAACGGAUCAAGCGUGAAAGGUCAACAGGCUCACUAGACUCUACUGAUUCCUCACAAAUUGAAGAGCCUGAAGAUUGGCCAUUCCAAAACUUUUGCGAAGUUUUGAUUAAUGACUUGUUUCAUAGUUCUUGGGAAGUUCGUCAUGGAGCAGCUUCUGGUCUUCGAGAAGUAAUCAAAACACAUGGAAGAGGUGCUGGAAAAACCAUGGACAUUCCUAGCAAUCAACUUGCCUCAGUAAAUCAAGUGUGGUUAUCAGAUUUAGCCCUGCGUCUUUUAUGUGUACUUGCCCUGGACAGAUUUGGAGAUUUUGUUUCGGAUGAGGUUGUUGCUCCAGUAAGAGAAACGUGUGCACAAGCACUUGGCACAGUUCUGAAAUAUAUGGAAGAGUCAUCAGUGUCGGGAGUAGUUAGCAUAGCACUUCAGAUGUUAGAACAAGUGCAUUGGGAAGUUAGGCAUGGAGCUCUUCUGAGUUUGAAAUACAUCUUAGCAGUCAGGCAGGACCUGACAUCCAAACUUCUUCCACUCAUUCUGCCAGCAAUACUUAAAGGUCUUUUAGAUCCAGAUGAUGAUGUCAGGGCAGUAGCAGCAGCAGCUCUUAUACCUGUCACUGAUCCACUAGUCACUUGUUUACCUGAACAGCUUCCUGUGAUACUGAGCUGCUUAUGGGACAUUCUGGCUGAUCUGGAUGACCUGACAGCCUCCACGAACAGCAUCAUGACUCUGUUAGCAAAACUUAUGUCACACACAGACACCAAGUCCUCCUCCUUCAUGACAAGUUCUUUGACUGAUCUAACACCAAGACUGUGGCCUUUUUUUAGACACAGUAUUGUAUCUGUCAGGAAAGCAGCACUAGAAACAUUUUAUACACUGCUUACAAUGAAAAUAGGAGAAAUGACAUGCCAGUGGCUAAUUCCCAUCUACCAAGAUGCUAUUCGCCACAUUUACCAGCGCAGCAUUCUGGAGGAAAAGUCUGAACUCCUUCCCUUGAUUGUGAAAGUGUGGACAUCAUUGUUAGAGUGUGCUAAUAUGGAUUAUCUCUAUGCUCUAGCUGUUCCUUGGUUGGGAGUAUGGUUAGCUUUUCUCAUGCAGCCUCCAAGGUUAGCCUAUGAUCCUAGUCUUCUGAUUGAGGCCAAGCAUAAACCUAGAGAAAAUCGAAAGUCUCAUACUGAGAUGAGACACAUUGUCCAGGAUGUCAAAAACUUUAUUGGUGGAUUAGACACUUUAGCAGGGAACUCUGCAGAAAAAGAUGCAACUAUAAAUAGAGCUCGUGUCUGUGGAUCCAGGCUUUUCAGCAUGUUAGCCAGCAAACUUUGUCUGCCUACAUUGGUUGUUCCAGUUGGUCAAGAGACACCUCUUGAUGUUCUAAGCAAGCUGUUUAUGUUUCAUCUUAAUGGCAAGUCAGCUGUGCAAAGAUUUGUUAUUGGGCAGGUCAUCUACUUAUGGGCUACUUACAGCACGCCAUGUCCUUGUUCAACUGAGGUCGUAUCACAGCUGUUAGUUUGCCUCGGUGAGCUGAUUUAUUUUGAUGAGAUAGCCAUUUCCUUCACGCGCAUGCAGAAUGAUUGUCAGGACUUUCUUGCAUCUCUGAAGCAGCAAGGCAUAAAUCUGGACACAACGUAUCCUCCAAGACAGCUAUUGACACUUGAAGCAGCUUUAACUUUAACAUCAACAACAUACAAGCCAUUGAGAUCCUUAUUAAAACCUCAGAUGUUGUCCAAGUUUGAUGAAAGACAAAAGCAGCUUCACUCAAUGGUUACAUUGACAUCACAGGAACAGCAGACCUACAGCAUCAGAGUGUUAUGCAGCCUUUCUAUGGCUGUUGUAGCUUUAAAUGCUUUACCAGAAAAGUUAAAUCCAGUAGUUCGUCCAUUGAUGGAUGUCAUCAAAAAGGAAGAAAAUGAAUCACUUCAGGAAGAAGCAGCCAUGUGCCUUACUCAACUGAUCAAAGUGUGCAUUGCUCGUAACCCUAGUCCUAAUUCUAAAAUCAUCACCAAUUUGUGUGGGUUUCUGUGUUCUGAUCCCACGUACACACCUAAUAUCUCAAAUCCCAUGUCAGCUUUAAGUUCUACACAUCUAGUGAGUGAAGUCUCUAAUCUGGAAGUGCCAUGUACAAUGUUUCGAGGGAUCUUGACACUCUCAAAUUUACAGAAGGUUACUGAAAGCAACUUUAGAAAACGAAGAGGUCGAAUUGCUAAUAUUUUUAAGAGUGAACUUGAUACCGCUAACAUUGACGGAGAAAUUUCUAUGGAAAGAAAAGAGCAGAUGGAACUACAGAAACAACUUUUGACACAGCGACAAGGAGCAGAGGCAGCAUUGACUCUUCUGUGUAAAAUGUUUAGUGCAACCUUACCUGAACAGCUGCCAUCGUUGUGGAAUGUAUGUGUUGAGUCCUUUAAACUGCUAGAGAAUGCUUUGAAAACUAGUUCAAGCAGUAAGGAAGAAGAAAUUCACCAUUUACAGGAAUUUGUUAAUAACCUUCAAACAAUGGAAACAGUUAUUCCAGCAUUAAAUUCUGAUUUACUUCCCUUUCUAAUGGAUCAAUUGGACACGAUGUGUUCUUAUCUUAGCCAUGAAAUGACAGCUGUAAGACACAUGGUGUCCAGGGUUUUUGCAGCGUUAAGUGUACGUAACACUUUGAAGACAAUGUAUUUUGUGAUCCAUCACAUUCUGCCAUUGCUUGGAGCAACAGAUGAUGAAAACAAAAGAGAAGGUGGAACUGAGGCUAUUGCCAACAUUUUAGAAUCACUAGGCAUUGACUCUCUGCCUUACAUUGUUUUAUUGGUUAUUCCAAUAUUGGGACGAAUGUCUGAUCAAAUGCAAUCUAUUCGCCUGAUGGCCACUCACUGCUUUGCAACUUUGGUGCGACUGAUGCCAUUAGAGGCUGGCAUCCCUGAUACACCAACCACUGAAGCCUGGCUAAUAGAGCGCAGAGAAAGAGAGCGUAGUUUUCUGGACCAGCUAUUUGACAUGACAAAGAAGGAGGAUUAUAAAAUAUUGGUGCCAGUCAAUGCAGAACUAAGGAAAUAUCAACAGGAUGGUGUGAACUGGUUAGGAUUUUUAAAUAAAUACAAACUUCAUGGCAUUCUGUGUGAUGACAUGGGUUUGGGAAAAACUUUGCAAUCUAUCUGUGUCAUGGCCACUGAUCACUUAGAAAGAGAAAACAAAUACAAGAAAUCUCAAGACCCAGACUGCUCACCACUUCCUUCCAUUGUGGUUUGCCCACCUACUCUAGUUGGUCAUUGGGUGUAUGAAGUGAAUAAAUUUGUAGAUCCAAUUUACUUAAAUCCUUUGAUGUAUGUUGGACCUCCAGCUGAAAGAAAUAGGUUGCAAAAGUUAGUAACUAAACAUAAUUUGAUAGUAGCCUCUUAUGAUGUUGUCAGAAAUGAUAUUGAUUUCUUCAGUGGCCUGAGAUGGAAUUAUUGUAUUCUUGAUGAAGGUCAUAUAAUAAGAAAUGGGAAAACCAAGCUGGCAAAAGCCACUAAGCAAUUGAUCUGCAACCACCGACUCAUUCUGUCUGGCACACCCAUACAGAACAAUGUCUUGGAUCUGUGGUCCCUGUUUGAUUUCCUGAUGCCAGGAUUUCUGGGUACUGAGAAACAGUUUCAAGUCAGAUAUGGAAGACCAAUCUUACAGAGUAGAGAAGGAAAAAGUACUAGCAAAGAACAAGAAGCAGGUGCCUUGGCUAUGGAAGCCCUACAUCGCCAGGUCCUGCCUUUUAUCCUGCGACGUCUCAAAGAAGAUGUGCUGCAAGACCUGCCACCUAAAAUCAUGCAAGACUAUUUUUGUGAUCUCAGUCCACUGCAGGUUGAACUUUAUGAAGACUUUGCCAAGUCUAGAGCUAAACGAAGUGUUGAUGAAACUGUGGUUGGGGGGGAGGACAUGAAAGACAAGAAAGUUUCUAACCAAGGAACAACACACAUUUUCCAGGCCUUACAGUAUCUUAGAAAACUGUGCAACCAUCCUGCAUUAGUCUUAAAUUCAACCCAUCCAAAAUAUAAAGAGACAAUGGCUGGCUUGCAACAACAGGGAACUAAUUUACAUGAUCUCUCACAUGCUCCUAAGCUGACCGCUUUAAAACAGUUGCUGUAUGAUUGUGGUAUUGGAUUGAACAACUGCAGUACAGCCUCAGGUUCUACAAAUCAGAUGGGAGUAGACAGUGUCCCAGUUGUCAAUCAGCACAGAGUUUUAUUAUUCUGUCAGCUGAAGAGUAUGUUGGACAUUGUAGAGAAAGAUUUACUCAAAUCCCACAUGCCAAGUGUUACAUUCCUUAGACUAGAUGGUACUGUACCUGCUGGUAGUAGACAUGACAUUGUACAUAGAUUCAACAAUGACCCAUCUAUUGAUCUACUGCUUCUGACCACCCAUGUAGGUGGGCUUGGUUUAAAUUUGACUGGCGCUGAUACUGUUAUCUUUGUAGAACAUGACUGGAACCCAAUGAAAGACUUGCAGGCUAUGGAUCGAGCUCAUCGUAUUGGUCAGAAGAAAGUUGUCAAUGUCUAUCGUUUAAUCACAAGAGGAACUUUGGAGGAAAAAAUUAUGGGCUUACAAAAGUUUAAAAUGGCUGUAGCCAACACUGUGAUUACCCAAGAAAACUCCAGUGUACAAACAAUGGGUACAGAACAACUGCUGGAUCUUUUUAUCUUAGAUCAGAACAAGAAAGGAAACACCGGCUCCUCGGUCAGUGAUCAGGACAAGAAACCUAAAAAAGAGACUGUAAAAAACAUUCUAGAAGGCUUGGAAGAAUUAUGGGAUGAAUCCCAGUAUGAGAAUGAAUACAACAUGGAUUCUUUUAUGAAAUCUUUAAGUACUUAAACAAACCAACUGAUUUUUGGCCCAUUCAGUAUAUUUGGAGAUCUGUAUUCUGAAUAUUUCUUUAGGAAUCAGUUCUCUUGUUGAAUUCUUUUUAAAAACUGCUUUCUGAUUAAUCACUCCAUUCAAACUUGACAGCAACUUUAUAAAGUGAUAGUGACUGAUGGCAUGUAUCUUGUGAAUUUUGUGUAUAGUUGUACUGUCAUAAGUUAAAGUGAUAGUGACUGAUGGCAUGUGAAUGGGAUGUACAGAUGUACUGUCAUCAGUUGCUCUAGUACUUAUAUUCAAUAAUUGGUCUCCAUUCAAUGAGAAAGUUAUUCUUAUUUUGUGGCUCUUUUGUAUCAUAUAUUUCUGUACACUUAACAAGCAUUGUUUUCAAGUCUAUCCACCAUUGACUGAGUAAAGCAAUGCUCACAAUUUGAAACAUGUUUGAUUAGAAAUAAUGUUGUUAUUGUCCUACCUUUGCACCUUUCAAUGCGCUGCCUUCAACUGCAUACGAAUUGAACAAACUUGACUUUUAGUAAUUAACACAUGUAUACUUUUGACUGACACUAUGAUGAAGUACUUUUCUUAGAUACCUGAGUGUAGUUAGAGAUAUUAAGCGCAAAUUAAGGUUGUUGCUUUUUUUUAGGGUUAGACUCUUAGGUAUUAUUUGGCUAUUGAGAUUGGGUGGGAGAUCAGUUAUUUUUUAUCACCCUAAAAACUUUGAUUAUAAAUUUGUAUGGAUUUAUUUGCAUAUUUGUUUUGCAUUUGUCCACAACUCACUUUUAAAUUAUGCAGUUUUCUGAACACUAAUUUUUUUCUUCUUUUUUGGAGGAAUGUGUACAUUUAUAGAAUUCUUGUUUUCUGUCAACACUAUAACUAAUUGUAUUAUAGCAUUGGACUGGUCAUAUAAAACCUCAAUUAUUGAUUUGUUUUUUCUUGUUAUUUGCAAUUAAUGUAGCAAUAAUGUCUUAUUAUAUAUAUAUAUAUAUAUAUAUAUCUUAUUUAUAUCUAUUGAGUUGCCUGGAAAGAACAAAUGUAUUUUUGUUUUGUUUUCAAACACUUAUUUUGUGUUUUUACUGGGAUGACUGAGGAGAUAUAAGGCUAAAAAUAUUUUUUUUUAUGUGCAUUGGUUAAUUUUGUAGAGUCUUAUUGUUAGCUUGGAUUAAUUUUUUAUUUUUUUUUGAAACACAUGACUUUUUUUUUUUUUUUACAUGUUAUCAAUUAUUAAAUGGCUUCCAUUCAUUUAUAUUUUAUAUGUUAGCUGUAUGUUGGUCUGCAUGCUCAGUUCAAUCUUAACAAAAUUUCAUCCUCAACUACUAAAUCAGUACAUUUAAUUAAGCAAUAAAUAAUAAUUUUUUUUUAUCUAAUGAGUAAUGUUACUCUUUUGAGAUUUGACUGAUUCAGAUUUAAUAUUUUUGAUACUAUUGUGAUUAACAUUGGUGCAUCUUGCCAUCUGUCAGUGGGCAAUUGUGAGUAAACAAAAAAAAGUGCUAAAAAAAUGUUUCAGUUAAUAACUAUUGUUCUAUAUUUUUCUAUGUAUCCUUUUGGUCACAUAUUGAAUGGAUAGUACUUUUCAGAAUACCAUUGAUACAAUAAGAGCAAAACCAAGUUGACUAGAAAUAGUUAUUACAAACUAUAUUGUGGUAUGUGGCUGGUUUUAUUAUGUACUUAGCUAUUAACAAUAAUAAUUAUCUUGUAAUACACAAUGUCAUAUUGUAACAAAUGAGUUAACAGCAACACACAUCUUGUAACAAAUGACUUAUUUUACAAUACAAAUAACACAGCAUUGUGUUAAUAGUGAUUUUUUUGUUUCUAUUAUCCUCUAGAUGUACUUUUGAACCAAACAUGUUUGACUAUGUACCAAUCACUAUAGUGAUAUCAAUUGUGAAUAGUAUUUGUAUUGGCACAAUUUUGUGGUUUCAGUUUUGGUCUUCCACUGUCUCAUCCUUCUCUUCAUUUUCUUGGUCACAAGGUUCAUGCAUUUAAUGGAUGCAUUUUUUUGUUGUUCACUAAUUAACAUAGAAAUAUAUCUUGAGUUGAA